GCGCGACCUGUCGGCCCGCGCGCCUGGGGCCACGGCGCGCUCCUCGCGUGGCGGCAGCGGUGGCAAGCGCAGCAGGCCGUACUGGAUGUGCAGCUGCGGAGGUUGGAUUUGGGACUGGCGAUCCUCUUGCCUCAGCUGUGGGCACGCAGCGCCGCCCUGGGCUCUGGGGUCGGCCCCCGGCGCGGCGAAGCCCAAGGCUGACGAGGACGGAUGGGUGGACCAGCCGAGGGGGCGCAAAGCCCAGCGGCAGGCCCGCAGCGCUGCCUCGCGAGCGGCGUCCGCCAAGUCGCAGACUUCGGCUUCUGCGGCCAGUGGGGCGCCGAGCGGCGGCGGAGUCACGGCUAUCGAGAGGCUGCAGGCGACGGUCGAGCAACUGGAGGCGCUGCAGGCUGGGCCGCCCGAGGGCGUGGACGGCAGCUUCACCGGCGUCGUGGCCAGCCAGCUGGAGGCGAAGCGGGCAGAGCUGGCCAGGGCCCAGCAGGCUGCAGCGGAGCAGAAGUCCGCCACCAUGCCGCGGUCGACGCUGCUGCACAAGGAAGCCAACGCCAUCAGCAAGGCGGAGAAGCGGCUCCGCGCAGCCCGCCAAGACCUGGAGCAGAAGCAGGUGGCGCGCGACCUCGCGGAGGCCCAGCUCCAGAAGGCCCAAGAGGAGCUCGCGGAGCUGGACGGCGCGCUGGAGGAGGCCAGCAGGGCGCUCCAGGUCCUCGAGGAAGCCGCCCGUGAGAAGGCGGAGGCGAGGCAGCGCCAGCGGGCCGCUGAGUGGGCAGGAGCCAGCCAGGUGCCAGGGCUCCUCACGCAGCUGGACAAGCUGCCAGAAGCUUGGGCCUCCAGCAACUUCGAGGUCGCAUGGGCAGCCAUCCGCGCCCAGAUGGAGGUGGCGCAGGCCUGCAAGCGGGAGCUGGCAGCCGAGGCUGCGGACCUGGCCCCUUUGGCUGCUCGUCCUGCCACGCUGCUGGGAGCAGGGGCGGAGGAGCCCCGCCAGAGCAGGCGAGUGCCUAGUGACGCCCUCGGGAAUGCGCCCGCCCCACCAGCACCAGGGCGGACAGCGGCGGCGGCACGGGGCGCCAGAGGAGGGCUGGAGGCCUUCGGGGCCUCGCCCACAGGGGUGACGGGACGACCCCUGGUGCGGAUCGACUGGCACUUCAAGUCGGAGCCGUACUGGGUCGCAGAGCACGGCGACGAGUUCGAUCCCAUGACCCUCGAGCCUCGUGCGCAGGCCGCUCGGCAGGCCUGGGACCCGAACCUCCACCGACACUCGGCCCUCACCCACGCCGUGCGCCAGGCCCUCGAUGUAGCGCUGCAGAGGCUCACAGCUGACUGGACGCGGCGCUGGCAGCCCUCGCACGAGGCUUGGUAUGUUCGGCAGGUGGCGCGUGUCCUGGCCGAUGUGGAGGCAGCCACCGCAGCGGCCUGCGAGGAGGACGAGGGCGGGGCCUUCGAGUUCGGCACUAGCGAGUGGAGCGACCUCAUUGGCCAAGCAGGCGUACUUGGGCAUCCUGAGGCGACGGCAGUGAUGGCGGACCUGCUGCAGUCAGCCGAGCUGCCGCUCAGGUUGUGUGCUCGGGGGCUGGAGGCUGCAGCAGCCAGGCGCGCUAGUGCCGCCACUGGGGAGCGCUGUGCCUCGCCCACCGACGCGGUGGUGCGGAUCCUGGUGCGGCUCGGCUGGUACCUCGAGUCGGAGCGGUGCAAGGUCGCGGACCUCGGUGACGAGUUCGAUCCCAUGUUCCUCGGGCCUCGGGCGCUGAGCAUGAAGGAUGGUUCUGAUGCUCGGCAGGCCUCCAACCGCCAUGAGAGGCGGAAGCUCAUCAGCGACCCCCUCUUGCUUCGGCCGUCGUUCGGGGACGCCAUCGGGCAGCUGCUCGGGCCAGGUAUCGAGCUGUGCGUGUGGGAGCAUCACAUGCGUGGUGCCCACAUCUCCAACACGCACUGGGCGAUGCGUAUCUGGAGGAUACGCAAGCCAGUCGACGGCAGGUUCAACGGCAAGCUGUACCUCGAUGGCAAGGUGCAGGCCGCUACGGCCGAGGAGCCUCCGUUGGCUGGAGCGGCCCUCGGCGUCGGCGCUCCCGCCAAGCGGCCACGCCUGCGGAGCAGCCGCUCGACUGGGAGCAGCACGACCGCCCUCUCGGCCACUGCCGCCGCCUUCAGCAUCCUGGGGCACGCGCUCUGCUACGCCUGCGCGGGAGAAGGCGAGGGCGCCCAGGAGAUCGUGGCCUGCUCCAGGCGCGGGGCCUACAAGGUGCUGGGCAGCCACGCAGGAGCCAAGCCUCGCCUGAAGGAACGGUGCCCAGGCGAUAAGACGAGCAAGUCAGGCAGGGACCAGCGCAGCCUGCGGGAGCGAGGGCUCCAUCCUGGAGGCAGGCCACUAGCGGGCAAGCAGAGAGCGAAGGGAGAGGGCAUCCCCGCUCUGCGGUCGCAAGGGCCAGUGCCAGGACACGCCCAGGGGCGCUACCUGGAGUGGCUCGGCAUCGAAGCGGAGUCUGCAGGUGGUGCCUCGGCCGCAGCCAGCAGCUCAGGCAGCGGCCCAGCUGCUCCCGCGGCGGCGCAGGCGGCGGAGGUUGCGGCUGCCAGCCUGCCCCUGCGGCAGCCAGCCUCGGCGAGAGCUGGGCUCCUCGGCGUGCACGGGACCACCGAGGAGGAGUUCGCCGCCGCGGACAGCACGGCGGACGGCCAGGUGAGCCGCAGGGUCCGCCGCCUGCAAUUCGAGUUUGUGCUCCCUGCUUUCACGGCGCGGAGGCGCAGCGCCGCGGCCAGCGCGGCAGUGGCCACGGCGAGGUCCCCGUGCGGUGGCGGCAGCAGCAGGCGCAGCAAGUCCUACUGGAUGUGCAGCUGCGGCGGGUGGAACUGGGACUGGCGCACCUCUUGCCUGGGCUGCGGGCAUGCGGCCCCGCCAUGGGCGAUGGGGACGCCCCCGCCCAAGGCGAGGCCCAAGGCAGACAAGGACGGCUGGGUGGAUCAGCCACGAGGGCGCCGUGCCCAGAGGCAGGCCCGCGGCGCGGCCUCGCGGGCAGCGUCCACCAAGUCGCAGACCUCGGCGUCGGCAGCAAGUGGGACGCCCAGCGGUGGAGGCGCCACGGCGAUCGAGAGGCUCCAGGCGGCAGUCGAGCAGCUCGAGGCGCUGCAGGCCGAGCCCCCAGAAGGUGUGGACGGCUGCUUCACCGACGUCGUGGCCAGCCAGCUGGAGGCGAAGCGUGCUGAGCUGGCCAAGGCCCAAAAGGCAGCAGCGGAGCAGAAGGCCUCGUCCCUGCCACGGGCGACGCGGCUCCACAGGGAGGCGAACGCCAUCAGCAAGGGCGAGAAGCGGCUCCGGGCAGCCCGCCUAGAGCUCGAGCAGAAGCAGGAGGCGCGCGACCUCGUCGAGGCCCAGCUCCACAAGGCCCAGGAGAAGCUCGCGGAGCUCGACGAGGAGGUGGAGGAGGCGAGCCUGGCGCCCCAGGCGCUCGAGGAGGCAGCCCGUGAGGAAGCCGAGGCGCUGCGCCGCCAGCGCGCAGCCGAGUGGACAGGAGCCAGCCAGGUACCAGGGCUCCUCAUGCAGCUGGGGAAGUUGCCAGAGGCGUGGAGCUCCAGCAACUUCGAGGUGGCCUGGGCUGCCAUUCGCGCCCAGAUGGAGGCAGUGCGGGCGCAGCUCGAGGGGGCCCCAGUGGCCUCCAAGCGCACGCCGUGGGCUGAGCCCUGCCCCAUGGAGGAGAUCAGCAGCGACGAUGGCGAACUCGCGGGCGGCGGCGGCGUCUGGCAGCCCCAGCCAGCAGCGGAGCGAGGCCAAGCCGAGCGGCGCGGCAAGGCGCUGGGCGAGUGGCCAACGGUGGCCCAGGCGUGCAAGCGGGAGCUGGCGGCAGAGGCAGCGGACCCGGCCUAUGCGGCGGGCCUGCGCCUACACGAGAGCGGCACCGAGGUCGUCGAGGGCGACUUGGUGGGGCUCCGCGGCAUGGGCGUCCUCGACCCGCCCUGGGACCAGGAGCGCGUUGCAGGGCCCAGCUGUGUCCACGUCUUCCUGGGCACUGGGGAGAACGUAGUUGGGGCCAUCGAGUUCGGCACUAGCGAGUGGUGUGGCCCCGUGGGCAGAGCAGGUGUACCUGAGCCUCCUGAGACGAUGGUCAGGAGUGCGGAUCCGCAGCUGCCUACCGAGAAGCCACUCAGGGCGCGAGCGCAGGGACGUGCGGAGGCGGCAGCCAGGGGCGGUGCAGCCGCCACAGGCGUGAACCGUGCCUCGCCCGUCUGCGCUGCGGCGCGGGCCCAGUGGAUCGGCGACUGGCACCUCGAGUCGGAGAUUCGCAUGGCCAUGGACAUCGGUGGCACGUCCGACCCCAUGUUCCUCGAGCCGCGGGCGAGGUCCUCGGGAGCAAGCACGAAUUCUCAGCUGGCCUGCUACCGCCACGCGAGACGGGACCCUUCCAGCAGGCCCCUCUCGCUUCGGCAGUCGCGCGGGGACGCCAUCGAGUUGCGGUUCAGGCCAGGAGUCGAGGAGAACGUGGCGGAGCGGCGAGCACGAGGAGGAGGUGACGGCGAACUCGACAGCGAGCAGUGCGUCAAAGGCUUGGCCUCGAGCAGCGGAGGGCUCCUUCAUGCGAACGGGAUCAACCAGGUGACUUCCGCGGCAGCAUCGGAGGCCCUGCAGGCCGGGGAGGCCCACGGCGGCGGCGCUCCAGCUGCGCGGGCCCGCCUGGAGGACAGCAGCUCGACGGGGAGCAGCACGGCCGUCCUCUCGGCCACCGCUGUCGCUUUCAGCGUCCUGGGGCACGUGCUCAGCUACGCCUGCGCGGGCGAAGAGGAGGAUACCCAGGAGAUCGUGGCGUGCGCCAAGCGUGGCGCCUACAAGGUGCUGGGCAGCCACGCAGGAGGCAAGUCUCGCCUGAAGGUGCAGUGCCCAGGGCCCAGCUACCUGACCAACAAGUCGAGGAACCAGCGCAGCCUGCGGGAGCGAGGGCUCCAUCCUGGUGGCAGGCCUCGGACGGACAGGCAGAGGGCGAGAGCAGAGGGCACCCCUGCCUUGCGCUCGCAAGGACCUGUGCCAGGGCACGCCCAGGAGCGCUACCUGGAGUGGCUCGGCAUGGAGGCGGAGCCUACAGGCGGGGCCUCCCCCGCGGCCAGCAGCUCGGGCAGCGGCCCAGCGGCUCCCGCGGCAGUGCAGGUAGUGGAGCCGGCGGCGGCCAGCCUGCCCCAGCAGCGGCCAGGCCCGAGUGCUAGCGCCCUUGGUGCAGGCGGAGCCGCCGUGGGGGAGCCCGCAGCCGCGGGGCCAGCGCCUAGCGACGGCCUGGUGGUCCGUAGGGUCCGCCGCCGCCUGGCACGCCGCGGCUCGGAGUCGUCUGGGAGUGAUUGA